AUGACCAGCACUGCCUCGCUGAGUCCGUGGCACCUAGAGCCUUCGGUAAAUGCAUCUCCCCGCAUUGUGCAGUACUGCCACAUGGUCCAUCUAUAUUCUUCUCCACAUAAACAUAUUUGCGAUAAGAGGCAGAUCACGAGAAUUCUGAGAAUUCAGCCCACCACCGCACCGCAAGCUACAAUUAUGAAUCACUACGAUAUGUACCCUCAAGUCCAGUCAGGAGAAGAGGAAGAGAUUAAUCGAGCCGUACGCACCGCCAAAGAAAAAUCUAUCCGGCGCAGAAAGCAAAUGACGGUCGCAGCCGAAUUCUGUAGCAUCGUUGCCCUUGGCUCGCUCGUCAUGGUGCUCCUAGGGAGCACACACGUCAAUAAUGUACUGGACGAUAUCUGGUUCAUGAGGGUCAAAUCCAAUUCUCCGUUUCCGAAACACAACCCGCUAUAUAAGGAUGUAUUCUUGGAUGGAAUUGGGAAUAUUAAUGCAGCCCAGAUGCCACACUUUUACCAGGUUGGUUUGUGGAACUAUUGCGAGGGAUUUGAUGGGAUUGGGAUUACAUAUUGUUCAACACCGACUCCCGCGCACUAUUUCAACCCGGUGGAGAGUAUGUUAAAGAAGGCUGUGCCUGCUAAAUAUGAACCCAAGGGAAUGGCUAAGGCCCUUAAAAACGCACAACGACCAAGCAAAUGUAUGUAUGUGUGCUUUGUUCUUGGGGGAGUAUUCAGUCUUAUGUCUCUUGUAAUGGACUGGCUCUCUGUCAUGGUUUCUCGCAAUUACAUCUUGACAUCUGUCUUUGCGUUAUGUGCAGCUUGCUUCACAUUGAUUUCAGCGAUCACCUCCUGUCAAUUAUUCAUAAAGUUCUGGCUCUGGCUUGGAUCAACACCUGACCUUAAAGUCUACGCUGAGUUGGGGGUUAAAAUGUACAGCUGUACUUGGAUGUCUUUCAUUUUCUCUUCAAUUGCGUUUAUAUUACAUGUCAAGGUUUCGGCACACGAAAGUGCUGGGAAGCCAGGAUGGAAGUUUGAACAAUGUCAUGGUGAGGAACAUUUAUCUGCAGUAUCGCGGGAUUUCUAG